AUGUGUCCCAUUCGGGAAUGGUUUUCUAGCUUCCAGGAGUUGGAUGGUAGAGUUGUUUUGAUGGGCAAUAAUAAUGCAUGCAAAACACAAGGGAUAGGCAAAAUCCAUUUGAAGGUGCAUGAUGGAACAGUAAGAGAAUUGAGUGAUGUUAGGUAUGUACCAGAUAUGAAGAAGAAUCUCAUCUCAUUGGGCGCUUUGGAAUCCAAGGAUCUUAAGAUCACCAUGGAGGGUGGAGUUCUUAAAGUUGUGUACGAGACACUGGUGGUGAUGAAAGGUACAAUGCGAAAUAACUUGUAUUUCUUAUUGGGGAGUACAGUUAUUGGUGGAGCCACUGUCACCGAAGCUGCUGAUGUAGAUAACAUAGAUACCACAAGGUUAUGA